UGUGUGUUAUUUUCUUCAGUUUCGUUAUUGAGUCGCUUGGAGUCGUUCGUUAUGGAGUCGCUUCUUAAAAACCUCAAAGAACAUGUAACAUGUUCAAUUUGUUUGGAUACGUACACUAAACCCAAGACCAUUACUUGUCUUCAUACAUUCUGCUGUGAAUGCCUGGAGAGACAUGCACUAACGAGACAAAAACAAGGGCUUUAUCCAUGCCCCGAGUGUCAGGCACAAAUUCGCAUCCCUGAUGGAAAGCGUUUUGAUAAUUUGCCAAGCAGCUUUCUGCACAACAGUUUAUUGAGUCUUCUUGCCGUUCGACGCGGUGGCGAAGGAAAUGAAAUAAGCUGUAGUACAUGCCAGAAGAAGAGCGCUGAGAUUAACUACUGCUUUGAAUGCGAGAAGUUCAUGUGCCCUGACUGUAUGAAAGCACACGAAGUGUUCCGAGAUACUUUGUUUGAGGGACACAAAGUCACACCAGUACGACAGUUUGAAGCCACAGACUACGAGGCCUUGUUGAAACGGCAAUCAUUUUGCUCCGUUAAAUAUCACGAGAAAGAAGUAACAAAGUUUUUCUGUGUUGGCUGUCAAAGCUGUGUUUGUCAAGUUUGCAUCGUCACAGAUCACAAAAGCCAUGACGCUGUUCCGCUUGAAAGGGCAGCGGAUGAUGAGAAAGCAAACAUCAUUAUCCGAGCCGAGCUAGUUAAGCAGAAGAAAGAGGUCUGCCGAGAUGUUAUUCGUGAAUUUGAGAAGACGGAACUUGAGUUGGAAGCGAACAUUACCACCGCUGAAUUCCAAGUUUCCCAAGUAGUCGAACAGAUGAUACGAAAGCUACGCCAAUUGGAAAGUGAAUUCAUUAAUGCCUUCGAGAAGUCUCGCGCGUCAAGGAUUGAGAAAUUACAUUCUGGAAAAGCGUCGGUUUUCUCUUUGGAAAAGCAACUUGACCAAGCAUUUGAGUUCAGUAACAACCUGGUUGAGAGAAGCUCGAGCUCAGACAUAAUGCAAAACAAGAAGAAUGUGGAAGAACGAAUCGAAGACCUCAUCAAGACCACAAUGCCAGCACUUCCGGUUAGCUCAUUUGUGGAGUUUGUGUCUACAUGUGAAGCAGAGAGUUUGAGUCUGGGAUUUACGAAGUUCAGCGAAACAGAUGUGCAAGGAUCAACCGUGGAGGGACUGGAUCAGAAUUUCCAAGCUGGUGUAGAAGCAGAACUAUUGAUUUGUCCCAAAUCAAGCGAAGGAGAAAUUAGAAACACUCUGCACACAGAUCGUGUUGAAGUACACAUAGAACCUGCGGAUUGGGUGAGUAAUUUGGUGACGAGUGAAAAAGAAGACGAUAGUUUUAUAGUAAAAUUUGUAGCGAAAGUACCAGGUACUUAUGAAAUGGCAGUUAAGAUAAAUGGACAGAAACUUGCCAAAAGUGAAAUUUUGAUUCCAGUUAAGGCGCGACAAUUACACUUCGCAGGCAAGUUAGACUUUCAGGGAGCAGUGUCCCAGGGUCCAGCCGGGGUUGCAGUGAACAGUAAAGGUGUUAUUGCUGUGGCUGGGUGUAAAGGUCACUGUAUCCUGGUAUUUGAUGAGGCAGGAAAUUUAAGACGAAAACUUGGUUGUCAUGGAGACAAGGAUGGGCAAUUUAAUCAACCAGUCGACGUCACAUUCAUAAACGAUGACGAGGUUUUGGUGGCAGAUUCAGGUAAUCACCGAAUACAGCAGUUGAAUGUACAAACAGGGAAGUUUGUGAAAAGCUUUGGAAAAAAGGGAAGUGCAGACGUAGACUUAAAGAAACCUGCAAGUGUUUGUAUUACAACUGAUAAACGUUUUAUCGUUGUCGCGGAGUUUCUUGGCAGAAUUCAGGUGUUUACAAUGGAUGGUGAACCUGUGGCGAAGUUUGGAGACAGCGGCUCAGAGAGGCUCGAUCAUCCGUUGGGUUGCAUUUGUUACGAAGACAAGUUCAUUGUAACUGACAAAGAUAAUAACUGUGUGAAAGUAUUUGAUGGUAAAGGACAGUUUUUGUUCAAGUUUGGAGAAUACGGAAAUGGUGAUGGACAGUUGGAUUGGCCGUGUGGGUUAAGUGUUGACAAGCAUGGCAACGUUUUCUUAUGUGACAGGUUGAAUAAUCGCAUUCAACAGUUUACAUUGGAAGGAACUUUCAUUGGAAAGACAAGUACUGAUCUGGAACUACAAGAGCCCUGGGGUGUUACCACAAUGUCAGAUGAUCGGAUUGUGAUUACAGCGUACGACGGGAAAGAAGUUAUCAUUCUAAAAUGAAUGCAUAUUUACGAAAUUAACAAUCAAACCCUCUUAAAAAAAACUUAAAAACUAAGAUAUUCUCAUCGGUUUUGGUUUAAGAGGAUUAACAUUAUUUUAUUAAGUUACGGACAUUCUUGACACACUUCAUGUGAAGCAAAAGAAUUUGAAAGAAAAUGGCUAGAAUCGGACUUGCUCUCAAAAUUCCCGAAAAGAGUCCAAAUAUUUUCUUUGAUUCAGGAGCAGAGUAGUGUGAUUGGUUUCCGGUAAACUGACCAAAAAAAAAUCGAUCACAAAAGUCUCCCAGAGAAUCUGUCCGGUCCCCUUCGUAGCUCUGCCUUCAGCUUGAUAACAGGUGUUUACUCGUCGAAGAGCAGUUUGAAUGCAAAAAGACAUUCCCGAAAAAAAAAACCAUUGUACACUAGCACCGAUAAGUGUAAAUUGUUGCUGAUGUGAGGCCAACUUAAAACAUGCAUUUUUAUCAGCACAAAUGUAUUUUAAGUAGCCGUUUGUUCUUGUUUGAUAACAGUCAUUCGCUCGCCCAACGAAGCGUAUUUUUUAUUUCGAUUUUUCAAAUAUAUACGUAUAGACAAUAGCUAAUAGGAAUGAAGCUAAAAACUGUGGAAAUUGCCUAAUACCUAUGUACUUUUAUCAGCAUCGUAAUUUCAAAAGAGAUUGCCUGAAUUUAAGGAGGGAAGUAUUUAGACAUAGUUUACUUAAAAUUGAUAGAAGCUUAGCCGAAAGACCUAAAAAAAUUUAUAGGUAGAUAGGUAGCAGACAGAAAACAUUUUCAAUCAAUUCACCAAGAAAUUGAAAGGGAUACGACAAAAACGUUUCCCCGUAUGUAUACCUUGGCUGUUAGGCAUGAAAGAGUUUGAAUAAGUUUUUGCGGCUUGGUACUGAAUUUCAAUUUUAUUCAAAUUUAUUUUAGUGUAUUUUUGGUAUUUUUUGCAAGCAGGAGUUUCCAUGACUAAGCUCCUUGAAAUAUCAUGAAAAUGCAAAUUGAUUAAAUGAAUUACUGAUAUUGUGGGAUACUUUUCACUGUAUAACU